UUUUGUUGGUUAAUUAUGUUUGAAGCACAUGCGACCUGCCAAGUGCUGCUGAUUGUUUUCACUGCUUUUUCAGACGUUUACUCAUAUGAUGAAGACAGGAUGGUUAUAGAUGGCAAUCUGACCAAACACCUUGAACAUUUUGGUAUUGAGAUUGCCAAGAUGCGAACGACAGACAAGACAAUGUGCAAACCGGAAGAUGAAAUUACGGAACAGUCCGGUGAGUGGGCAGUAAUCCAGGAAACAGGCCACAACCUGGAACGCCUGUAUGGGCCCGGCUACACGGGCCUAGAAAACCUCGGCAACUCCUGCUACAUGAAUGCCGUAAUGCAGGUCAUCAUGAGCAUCCCCGACUUCAAGCAGAAGUACUAUGACAAAGCUGAUCAAAUUUUCGAACAAGCCCCACCAAAUCCAGCUGAAGAUUUCACUGUUCAAAUGACCAAGUUAGCAGUAGGCAUUCUUUCUGGCGACUAUUCCAAGAAGCCUAAUCAGAGUGACGCCUCUUCAAAGGAUACUAUGGAGGUACAUGGAAUCAGGCCGCAAAUGUUCAAAGCCGCAGUGAGCAAGAACCAUGCAGAGUUCUCGACAAUACUGCAGCAAGACGCCCAGGAGUUUUUCCUGUACUUGCUGGAACUUGUCGAGAAAAACAGUUGUAACGGAAUGGACCCUUCUAACUGCUUCAAGUUUGAAGUGGAAGAGCGUGUGGAGUGCACUGCAUCAGGGAAGGUGCACUACACACAGUGUAUCGACUGGUGCCUCGCUCUGCCAGUGCCUCUGGAGAGUGCCAUCAACCAAAGUGACGUGGACCGACACAAUUCCAUGAUUAACAAACUCUUGAAGAUGGGGGCAAAAAUUACGGACAACGUAAGCAUAAAGCCGAAGGUCCCGUUCGAAGCGUGCCUGGAAGCCUUCAAGACAGUUGAGGUCAUAGAUGACUUCUACAGUACAGCUGUCAACACAAAGGUGACUGCACGCAAAUCAACCAAGCUGCGAACCUUUCCGGACUACCUGAUGAUACAGCUGAAGAAGUUCACUAUGGACGAACAAGGGACUCCCAUGAAGUUAGAUGCGGAAGUUCUCAUACCUGAUGAACUUGACCUCAAGUUGUUGAGAGGACAUGGUCUUCAACCUGGGGAAGAGCUUUUGCCGGAAACCAAGCAGUUUGGACCAUCCACUCAAAGUGUGAGCGCUGAGGUGCAGAAUGCUGAUGAGAGCGAGAUGGAAACAUCCAGUGGCACACAGAUCGGGGAUGGACCAGAGAAGUAUGAGCUGGUGGCAUUCAUAAGCCACAUGGGGCAAUCCACCCUCAUGGGCCACUAUGUGUGCCACAUACUGAAGAAUGGCAAGUGGGUCAUCUUCAACGACAACAUGGUAGCUGUGUCCGGGCGCCCACCCAAGGAGUUCGGCUACCUCUACAUUUACCGCCGAACUCCUGACGCUGCGGGAGAAGAACUUCCGCUGAAGCAACCGAGAAUGGACACUGCCGUCUAGUCUCAUCUAGGUGGUGGGGCCACGGCGCGGCCUUUCACUUCCUGCCAGCCCAGAACUGGCAGCCAAUUAAUUGCCGUAAUUGAUUACGUUUUUUUUUUAUUUUAUGCUCUAUAAAGAUAUUUUUUGGUGCUUUAGUCAAGCAGCCUUUCCUUGUCUUUUGUUAAGGCACCUGUCUGGGUGAAGCAGC